GAAACCACUUUAGAAUUAGUCGAAUUAACAGCUGAAGGAUCUCUCAUAUCUAUUAUAGAACAACCGGUGUUCGGUACCAUUAAGGACAUGAAAGUUCUUCACUGUAAUUUUCGAGAUGAAAAUGAUCCCGAUGCAAUGGAUAUAGCUUCACAUCCUCCCAUUCGCGGACAAGACGUACUUGUAUUUUUAUCCGAUUCUGGAAAGCUGAGCUUUGUCGGAUACGCCGAAGAUGAAAUCGUGCGAGCCGAUGCCAACACGGGAAAAGGCAAGGCGUUACAGAGCUCUGGUGAUAUAACGGAACGGAGAAAUGGGAGAUUUUAUCCGUUGAAAGAGAUUAAAUUGUCUGAGCCUGGAUUUGACCAUCGACAAUUGGGUCGACUGAUUUGCGUGGAUCCAUAUUCUCGAGUUAUUGCCGUGGCAGCUUGGCAAGAUUCAUUCUGUCUGUCGUUCAUAAAAGAUUCAUCGAGAUGCAAUUUUGAUCCAGUUAGAGAGACUAAAGAGCACCAGCAAGAGGGUAUAAUUUGGCAUAUGACGUUCUUAUAUCCUGAUGAUCCUGAUCGCGUUGCUCUUGCUAUGGUGGUUUUCAAUGACGUGAAGAAGCAAAGUCGGAUUGUAGUAUAUCAGUUUUGGGCCGGAGAUGGCCCCCAGGGCGACAUAAUUGCUUAUGGAACGUUAACGCUUGCUGAGGAUAGCCCACUACCGUUACAUUUGAUUGCCCUCCCAAACUUCCCAGAAUGCUUCCUAAUGAUCACGGAAAAAGAUGUGUGCUUUCUAAAUGCUCAACAAGUGACAGUCGGGCAUGUUGAAUUCUACCGAGAAUCCUUGCCUAAUACUGAAGCACUAAUGACAGCCGUUGCAAUCUCAUCCAAUAAUGAAAGGCAAAGAUCAACAUAUCUCUAUGCAGGAUUAGAGGAUGGGAGUCUCUAUCGUAUUGACAUCGAGUCCAGGACAUCAAUAAAAUUCAAUCUGCUGUCUGAGAACGAACUCAACCCCAUAGCACCAGCUAUGGCUACAUUUACAAGGGCUACUGAUGGAAAAGAUGUUAUUAUCAUAUCUGGAGAAAUGAGCGAUGGAGCCGUUGUUACUGUAACUCCGGGCGCAACUGGCAUUGUCGUAAAUUCUGAGAUACCCAAUUGGGCACCCAUACUGGAUUUUCAAUUAGUGGACUUUCAGCGCGAAAAUAACGAUGUUGUAUAUUCCUGCAGUAAUCGUGGAAAUAAAGGCUCUAUAUGUGAAUUAAGACGCGUUAUUGGGGUUCAUGUUGUCACCCAGACCGAGCCAGAAUUCGACGGGACAAAUGCUCUGUGGAGUUUAAAGUAUAUGGCCGACGAUAUCGAUGAUACCUUCCUCGCGGUGUCGUUUGCAAGUUCGACAAGACUGAUGUAUCUUGGCAAUGGGGAAUUAGAUGACAUUAGCGAUAUUAGCGGCUUUAAUUUAGACGUCUCUUCAUUAUGCGUCUCUUCGAUAUCUGCUGUACCUGGUUGUUUGGUACAGAUACAUCGCAAUGGAGUGAUUAUAACACAACCAAUUUUACGAGGGACAAAUAAUUCGACAAAUCGCGUUGACGGUCUUCGAUGGUCACCACCGAAUGAUGAAGUGAUAGAGGCAGCAACCGUUUGUGGAUCUUACAUUCUCGUUAGUCUGUCUACGAGAAAUGGAAGUUUAAUUGACACGUUUGCCGUAGAGUUUGAUUACAAGACGGGCCGUAUAGUGUUAAAUAAGAGGGACGAAUGUUUACUAGAUACUCAAUUGUGUUUCAUUACUUGUUUUGAUUCAAGCGUCGUUACAUGCGAACCAAUAUUCAUUGUUGGCACAUAUAAACCCUCUAUCAAGAUAUAUUGCUUGAGACCGAGACUAGAACUGGUGUACGAGGUGAUAUUAAACGAUUUCUCUUCGACCGGUAUUAAUGUUCCAGAAUCAGCUUGUAUUAUCGCAAAUGAAGAAAAAGCGUAUCUGCUUAUAGGUCUUCGCGAGGGAACGAUCGUUCACUACCAGUUUGGAUGGUCAGAAGAAGACGAUAAACCAGAGCUUUCUCAUGUCGGAACUCGUCGAAUAGGCUCUCUUGCUGUAAAACUAGUUUCACGGCCUUCGAAAACGGCUUUUAUAGUAGCAUUGUCUGAUCGUCCCUGGCAAAUUGAUAUUCUGCCUCAUUCGAAUAUUGGAUAUACUUGUAUUGCAUUGGAAAAUUAUGAACAUGUUCAAGAAGCAGCGCCGUUCAAAUAUCCUGAUAUUGCGGAGGGAUAUAUGUUUGUUGCUAAUAACUGCUUAUAUUUUCUCCAACUGGUUAGACGGAAGAAAACCAAAGUUCGGAAAAUUAAGCUUGGUGAUACACCGCGUCGGAUUCUUUAUGACUCUGUCAGUAACAUGUUUGUCGUAGCUUGUACUUUAGAGAGUGCGCCAUUUCCAACCUCUAUCAUACGGCUAGUCGAUCCUUUCAGUGGAUCCAUCAACUAUGAACACGUGCUUUCAGAUUCGGACAGACCACAGAAUCGUGAAGCUGUGUAUUCACUUGUUGGUUGGAAUUUGACAACAGAACGUCGACAUCUCCGUUUGAUCUGUGUUGGCAGUGGAAUUUAUGGCGGAAAUGAAAAUUAUGGAGGACGGGUUAUGAUUUUUACAAUCAUAAAGCUAGAAAUUGCAUCGAAUCCAAAUCAAAGAUAUGAAAUGAAAAAGUUGAUGGAGAUUGAAGUCCCUGGUGCAGUAUAUGUUAUCUGCCCGAUGAGCGAUAGAUACCUCUUAAUAGCAGCAGGAAAUACUUUGAACCUUCUUAAAUUGGACUUGGAGGAGCAAAGUCUCAUUAACGUGCACAGUAUGGAACUUCGAUGGCCUAUAGUAUCAAUCAACGUCUGUAAUACUCGAAUAUGUAUAGGCACUCAAAGAGGAUCGUUGACGUUCUAUGAACUCAAACAGGACAAGGAGAAAUUUUUAUUUUUGAAAAGUGAACGUUGGGCCAGAUUGACAACCAACUCUAUCAUGUUAAAUGAGAAUCUUGCUAUCGGCACAGACAAGAAUGGAAAUAUAUUUGGAUCGUUAUAUGAUCAAGAUGAUCCAAAUAUCGAACCGUGUCUGCGGACAAUAUUCUCAUUCCAUCUUGCUGAAAUUAUACCACGCUUACGAACAGGUUAUAUUGGGCAUAAUAUGAACUAUGUACCUGUAGCCUCUAGUUCCGAUAGGGAUGAAAAGGAAGAGCAAGAUGUGGUUAUUGGCUUGCAAUCAUCGAUCGAAAAUAUUUCACCCGAGACAGAAAGUAGUGAUCAGCCUGGUUGGGAUGCAUUCGACGAUCUUUCGACUAAAACCCAACCAACUACAGUUGUUGGUUGUUCACUGUUAGGAAGCGUAUAUUUGUUUACCCGCAUAAAUAUAGAAGCAUUUAAUUUAUUGAGCGUCUUACAGUCCGUAUUAGAAAAAUGGCACAAUACAGUUCCAUUAUUAGGUAAUGAUUAUCAUCGCUUCCGAACAUCGAUAAGCGAUACGUCAGCAAGCGAACCCAGUUAUAUAAUUGAUGGGGAGAUGGUCACCCAAUUCCUCCACCUUCCACGCCAUGAACAACAUUUAAUCCUCGCUUCACACGCCAAUCUCGUCAAAGCUGGACAGACGUAUCUCAACUAUGAAAAGAACAAUUCUGACCAGAUGAAAUCCUUCUAUUGGUCUAAUUCUCCUCCCCCAGCUCCGCCGCAAUCACCAAUCGAUUUGACAAGUGAAACUGUUAGAGAUAUGGCUUAUGGGACGAUAUUCCAACCGUGGAGUUUUGAGCAACUGGAGGAGAAAGCGGACUUGGGUGAAAUCAUCGUCGCUAUUGAGAAGCUGCUGUGUGAACUGAACGUAGACAUCUCGUAA